GGAGAGGAGGAUAGGAAUCCAGCUCAGUCCUCAGACAGCGCUACCAGGUACCACUGCCCUGCCAGCAGCUACAGAGCGCUCAGCCCGUUUCCUCCCAGCACAGCAGAGCCCCUGGCUCUCCCUCCUACCUGCCUGCAUGAGGACCCAGCAGUGCCCCAGUGAGUCCAGCGGGGCACACAGUGGAGAAAACUGCAGCAGCAGUGGAAGCUCUGGGCUCUCUCCAGGUUCGGAUUCGGACAGCAGUGGGGUGGUGUGCGGUGGUGGUGGGAUGAGAGGUGUCCUGUCCAGGUACUGGAGCUUGGAGAGUCUUCACUCUGCCACAGUGAUUGCUGAUGGAGCCCUGGACAAGACAGCUCUGACAGAUGAUGUGGGAAGUGAGGAGGAUCUGUACGAGGACUUCCGCAGCUCCAACCACCGCUAUGGCCACCCUGGGGGAGGAGGAGAGCAGCUCGCCAUCAACGAGCUCAUCAGCGAUGGCAGCGUGGUGUAUGCAGAAGCCCUCUGGGACCAUGUCACGAUGGACGACCAAGAGCUGGGGUUCAAGGCUGGCGAUGUCAUUGAAGUAAUGGAUGCUACCAACAAGGAGUGGUGGUGGGGAAGGAUUCUGGACAGUGAAGGCUGGUUUCCAGCCAGCUUUGUACGGCUCCGAGUGAACCAGGAUGAACCCAUGGAAGAUUACCCUGUAAAGGUGGAGGGUGGCAAAGACGACGACUCCAGCAGUGGCACCCGGCGCUUUGGGAUGGGGCAGACCACCAAAGACCAGAUGAGGACCAACGUUAUCAAUGAGAUCAUAAGCACAGAACGAGACUACAUCAAGCAUCUCAAGGACAUUUGUGAGGGUUACAUUAAGCAGUGCCGCAAAAGAGCCGACAUGUUUACAGAAGAACAGCUGAAGACAAUCUUUGGGAAUAUUGAAGACAUCUACAGAUGCCAGAAGAAAUUUGUUAAAGCACUGGAGAAGAAAUUCAACAAAGACCACCCACAUUUAAGUGAGGUUGGCUCCUGUUUCUUGGAAUAUCAAACGGAGUUUCAGAUCUACUCUGAGUACUGCAACAACCACCCCAACGCCUGCAUGGAGCUCUCCCGCCUCACCAAAGUUAACAAGUACGUCUACUUCUUCGAAGCCUGCCGCUUGCUGCAGAAGAUGAUUGACAUCUCUCUGGAUGGGUUUCUGCUGACACCAGUGCAGAAAAUCUGCAAGUACCCACUGCAGCUGGCUGAACUGCUCAAAUACACCAACCCUCAGCACAGGGAUUUUAAAGACGUUGAAGCUGCCUUAAAUGCCAUGAAGAACGUUGCUCGGCUCAUCAACGAGAGAAAGCGGCGACUGGAGAACAUCGACAAAAUUGCUCAGUGGCAAAGCUCCAUAGAAGACUGGGAGGGUGAAGAUGUUCUCGUUAGAAGCUCAGAACUCAUCUAUUCCGGAGAAUUAACCAAAGUCUCCCACCCUCAAGCCAAGAGCCAACAGAGGAUGUUCUUCCUCUUUGAUCACCAGCUUGUCUGCUGCAAGAAGGACCUUCUGCGCCGGGACAUCUUGUAUUAUAAAAGUCGGAUCAACAUGGAUGACAUGGAAAUCCUGGACAUAGAAGAUGGAAAGGACAAGGACUUCAGCAUCAGUGUGAAAAAUGCAUUUAAAUUACACUGCCGCGACACUGAGGAGGUCCACUUAUUCUGUGCAAAAAAGCCUGAGCAGAAACAGCGCUGGCUGAAGGCCUUUGAGAAUGAAAGGAGACAGGUUCAGCUCGACCAGGAGACAGGUUUUUCAAUCACAGAGAUGCAGAAGAAGCAAGCAAUGCUAAAUGCCAGCAAGCAGCACCACACUGGGAAGCCAAAGGCUGUCACCAGGCCAUACUAUGACUUCCUGAUGCGACAGAAGCAUCCCACCCUGCCUACCACGCUCCCACAGCAGCAGGUCUUCAUGCUGGCAGAGCCCGCGCAAACCCUCGAACUUCUGGCAGAACAUCAGCAGGCUGACACCCUUCCGGAAAUGAGGACAGCCCCGCGUUUGUGCCUGAACCCCUUCUGAGAAAGCACUUUAUCCACCAGUCCUAGGAGGUGGAGCCCAGGUUCUUCCAAUCCUUUGUUUACAGAGGAUGGCACGUGUGCUCCUGCCUUCUCUAUUUAUCUUGCAGACCAACUGACCCCCUGGCUCUGAGGUGAGAGGCUGCAUGCGUGCUCGCACACGUGUGCAUCUGUGCUAGGUCCCAGCGAGCCAGCCUUGCACAGCACUCAAAAGACAGACUUCCAGGAAGAGAUGAGAAUGGAGCCUGAUCUGUUUCAUCUGAAAAGGUUUUGCCUGUCAGCUGUACUUUGAAUCAUUCCAUUCUGCUGUGAACACCGCUGCUGUCUGGCAGCUGCUCAGCCUACCAGCUCUGCCCCCCGCUGACAUGCUCAGAACAACAGCUCAGUGUUGCUGACAUUGUAUGUUUUGCAGGGAGGAGCAAAACCCUUCCGUUCUCUGUUUCCCACCUUUCACCUCAAGGACACGAUCCUUCUCCACCCUUCUAACUAACUCAGUUAGCCUCUGCUGGCACUCAGACGAGACAACAGUGAGUAUUGCACUGUGACCCUUUUCUUCCCUUUAAUUCAGCAACACUGAUGAACAAUAUAGUUUGUUAAACGGUGCCAACCAACCUGCAGCAUGAGUAACGUUCAGGAAUCGCUCUAGUGGGUUCGUUACAUAAGUUAGAGAAAAAUGUGCCUAAAUUGAUACUGUACUCAACUCCUUAGAUUCUCUUCUAUCAUUCUGCCAUAUUUCCUGGCCAAUGAAAAUGCUCAUUGUUUGUAAUGUGUUUAUUUAUGGUAUAAACCAGAACUGUGCAUUUUGUAAGUCUGUAAUUGUUCUUGUCAGUUGUUAACUCAAUGCCUGUUUUGUCUGUUUUAUUUUUAUUUUUUAAAUAACAAAAGAUCAAUAUUUGCAAACCGCUCCCAGAAGUCAGAGUCUGCAGUUCAAUGGCAAAAGAAAGACUGAAACCACAACUGUUAUGCAAACUUCCACAGACUCAAAUUAUUAGAGGGUUUUGAUACCUUUACAAACAGACAUCCUAAAGCUACUUACAACUGGCCAAGUUUUGGCACUGAAAGCCUCACUUUAGGUACCCAAGUUUCAAAUGGUGGCCAAGAGAAACUCAUCUGUACCUUGGUUAGCAAAAAGAAAGAUUUGCCUUACCUUAGUGAGCGUUAGAAGCCAUACUGACCUAAUUCCCUAGCUUAGAGACAUCUUGUGACAGCAGAAAGUAGGCACUCCUUUGUUCCAACAUGAUGCUACUGUAAAUGAGCACUAACUGCCUGCUGAGCUCCCAGGUCUGGUGUUUGAUGCUGUAGCUUACUGAAGUUUGGUCAUCCAGGGACAUCUGAAUUUAGUAGCAUGUACAAAGUCAUUCUUGCACUAUAUCUUCUCCCCAGACCAGGGGCUACAUUUAAUUUCAUAAAGAAACUUGUAAAAGUGACUCUGUCUGUGUCUGACGUGUCUUAUCCAUGUAAAAUUGUUUUUCUUCAAAACCAUUGUUCCUCUCGUAACCUAGAAUGUGCUGCUCAGCAGCAGAACCAUGCUAGAAGGCCUCAGUGAAGCCAACCACAGAGGGCAGGCAGGUGGAAGUGAGACGUAGUACAAGAGAUGCACCCUCCCAUCACUCAGAACAUGGAUUAAGGUUAGCAAGUCAGCAGCACCUAACUCCCAGCCUCCUUCUAGUUAAAAAUGACAAGGAAACAUCAGUAAAACCUUAGGUGAUAAGUAAGCUUACUCUGAGUAAUAUGGAAUUAGAGAGGAUCAGCAAGCUGAAGGUUGGCCGAGAACACAACUGCUCCUUAUGGGCCCUGCCCACCUGCAGUCUGCUGUCACUGCUUCCAGGAAAACACACAACUCCACGCUCUUCUGCAAGGCAGAACCAGAUGCAACAUCCCCACCUGAUGCAGUGCUUCAGAGAGUGGUGAUAAGAAACCACAUGAAAAAACCCUUCCACUCUCAAAGCUGCCUGCCUGUGAAGGUGCAGUGCUCUCCCUCCCCCUCCACAUCUCUCCAAGCAGCAGGAAAACAGGGUUUACCAAGCAAGACACAUUCUUGAGCUGCUUUCUGCCUGCCUUGCAGUAACUUGAACCAGUAUAAUCAUUUGCAGAUCUGUUCUGGCAUUGCCAAAAAUGCAUCUGUGGUGGCACGCAGCAGUCAGGAAACCAAGGCACUGGGGCAUUUACAGGAAUGGCCUUUAAACACUGCAUAACCAAGCACAGUUCAGUGAACACAAACGGGGGGAAAAAACAGGAAAAUCUGCACUGCUAACCUCACAGUGCUCAGCACCUUCCCCUCUCAGCAGCUCCUGCUCCUUCAGCCUGCACACCUUGUGCCCCCUCUCUGUGCUCUCCAUGGCCUGGAGCAUCCUGCAGUCAGAGCACAGAAGCAGCAGUUGGGCUGGGCUGCCUGAAAUAAGAAACAAAAGUCUUGAUCGCUGGAAGGAAAGAGGUUUCAGGACUUUGGGGGUGCGUGGUGGGAGGAAUCUGACUCUGUAAGAAGGCACUGCAGUAAAGCUCCGCUGUUUCCUCCUCCGCAAAUAGCAAAAUUUGAAGUGCCAGGCCCAUGCCCUGUAUGCCCUGAGUCACCUCCUGGGCUGAACUGCUGUCAGCAGCCAUGGGAAUGUGGCCACAACCCCAGCUGCAGCUGCACCAUUGCCCGGUGUGAGCACAGCACCAUUUCUCAUUCACCCUUUGCACGUGCACACUUGUUUUUCUGAGGAACAGGCCACCAUUACCGGGCUUGCACGAGUGAGUUUCAUCCUCCGAAGUGCUGAGCACAGAAACAUUCCUGUUGGACUUCACAGUACCCAGAAUGCUGAAUGAUUACCUUCAGUGCACUGCACCCACCACGACAGGGUCAGCUUUGCAGAAAGCAUGCAUAAAUAACAGAAGGCAAUCGUUAACUUUUGUGUUUACCCUGAAUGUCUGCACCUCUCCUUUCCUCUUCCAUGUCUGUUUUGAUUGGCCAGGAAGAAAAAUGCAUUGGCACGGGAUCGAUCCAUUUUCUGAGGUUAGGGGCUCUGUACUCAAGGGAGGGGGAGGAAUGCUGGGUUAAGGCAGCCUGACCCAGGCCAGAAGGGGCUUUGGGAGUCGAUGUGGUGCAAUCCCAACACCACGUCCUGGAAUAAGCCUCAGUGGCACACUGCUUCAGGUUGCUCACAGCCAAGGCUGCUGCGAGCGCUCAAGGACGAAGGUUCUCCAAAAACUCUGGGUCCCAGUUGAGCAAAGGACCAGCCAUACUCUGAAAAAAGUUACUGCACCCAUUUGAGGGCCUAUUUGCACCUUCUGAUACCUGUUUUUAAUGUGUAUUUUGUACUACACGGCACUUUUAAGUCUACACUGAAGUCACUCCAGUACAAAUUCCCAUCUAUUCUACUGAAUGAAAUGGGGUGAGAACAGCACAAACUACACAGCACCCAAUGCUCUGCAGGUUCUUGGUGCACUAAAAGACAUCCCCACACCAACACACAGCUAAGAGCUGGCUACUGGCACCUCUGUAGCAAUACUUAGUACAUACGCAUCAAAUCACUGGAGUUGCCAGAUUACUUGCCACCUUUUCCAGAACUUGUUUCAUAUCUCAUCUCACCGGUGCACACAGAAAAUUUAUAUAGAGAGACUUUAUAGAAAUAUUUGUAAGUGCCAAAACAGACUUCUCCAGCCAAACAUCAUCCCAGUGAAAGAAAAGUUAUUUAUUUACAGCAGAGAGAAAUUCGUUCUCCCUGAGACUGCCUAUCAGUAAUAUUCUUAAUACAGUGGCUUCAGUUGGGAUCCUGCUCUUAUAAGGAAAAAUUGGAGAGAGGAUCUGAUUCCCUAUGCAAGACUGAAAUCAGGUACAAAAUUUGAUCACACAGAAAGAGUGGCAAGCUUGUAACAUAGCAGGUGGAGUUACAGCACUAAUUAACAGGUAAGAAUCCAACUCGCUUUGCUCAGCUUAACCACACCCCCACAUCUGCACACCCAUCUGUGCCUCUGCACGGGAUUUCAUCAAGGAAUGACCUCCUUUUUUCCUAUCCAGUACCAACUUCACCAACACCUGUUAUUUCCUGAGUGAACCGCGUAUCCAAUCUCGUGUUAGCUCCACUGAUUUCAGAUGGUCAUGCACUCAAGUCAUCUCAUCUCCUAAAUUCUUACUGAAUCAAUGGUCAAGUGUACACGUGCUAUAAAGAUGUGCUAAACAAAGUAACCGAUACUGCACUUCCCUGCUCAUCUUUCACCUGGAUUUUCGAUGGAGGCAUUCAGCCUUGUACUGUCAAGCAAAAUUGUCAGAGAGAAUGCAUGCAAAGGACGCAAGCUUUACGAGCUUUCUGUGUGUGCACGCUAGGUGGUGACCUCGUAGACCUUCCCAAACUCAUCAUAAAGGGGUUUUCUGACAUAUGAGCAACAGGUUAAGUGACAAGCUUCAAGCUUUCUGAGCAUACCAGGCAGAACUGUCUCAGAUUCACCAGAGAAGUCCACCUGAAGCAUGACCAAGCAGAGAGACAAAACUGCAAUACUCACCUCCCCUCCUUUGGAGACGAACCCUCUGCAUGACCAGAAACAUACAUUUCCAUGCAAAAAACAAACAAACAAACAAAAACUCAUAAAAACAAAACCCAAACCAAACCAAAAUGAAAAAUCCAAAGUUCCUGCACUGAGUCUGAACAGCAACCACUCCACUCGAGCCAGGGGCUGUUGGGUUGUCCUGGUUGUUUCUGGCUGUGUCUGCCCUCUUCCCUCCUGUAGUUAAGUGCAUGGGAAAAAUCUUGUGAAAAGCAGUUGUGUUUCCCAAUGAGCAAAGCCUGGGCAGACUCCACUCAGGCAAUGCAUGGGUUUAUGUGAACCAGUCACAAGAAUGGCUUGCUGAAGCUGCCACUCCAACCAAGAGUGGCUGCUAAUAACUCAGUUUCUACCUUUUAAAGAAAAAAAGAAUCUCUAUUUUGUGUUAUCGGUCUGGAAUUAUGGAGUUGGACACUGGAAAAAAGAAUGCUUCCAGUUAUGAUAGCAUCAAAAGCAGUACAAGUCUUUUUUUUUUUAACAUUUAAAUCAGGUUCAAAGACAUCCGUUCCCAUAGAGCCAAUCACUUCCCAGAAGCAACAUUUAAGAUCUAGGAUUCUAUAAUCUUUAAGAUCUUUACCUGAAAUGCUGUGGGGUGCAGGGAGGUGAAAGCCCUUCUUUUAUCUGGCCUCAUCCAUGGCCUCGCUGUGAACAACCCCAGCUGUCUGGGCACUGCCUGCAUCUGGGUGGCUGAGCUUCCUAAAUCUCUCAGCAAGCCAGGCCUCCAUGGCAGUCAUCUGUGAGUAAGGGGCAUCCAAGGCAAUCCUGGAUUCAGACUGAAAACACUGCAUCUCUUUGGAUGCCUGGAGACAGAAAUGAGCUUUUCUUAAGUUCCUUCAUCUUUUGCAGUACAGAAAAAGAAUAACAUUGUCAGCAUCUGUGAGGUGCUACAGCUGACAGCAAAUCCCACUUCUGAUGUUACUCUUAUUGCUACAACUGUCUUCAAACCUCACCAUCUGCCUACAAAUGAGGAUUGUGGGUUGACAGUACCUUGUCGCAGCGAAUACAGGACAGCAUCAAGUCCAAAGGCUGUAAGAAUGAAAUGAAGCUCUUCUGGCUUCAUUCAACUGCUAGAGUCUCACCUGCACCUACAGUGACUCCAGCUUUCUGCCUGAGCCAGCAGGACCUGACACACAGCAGCUGGUCUGAGAUCUCAGCCACAACAUCUGAUACAAACAGAAGGUCCCCAUCUCCAAUGCUCCUGCUUACGUAAGGCCGUAGUGUCAAGUUUUCAGGUAAGUAAUGGGUUAAAAAGUGAGAACUCUGGUAACGGACAGAAGUGGAAAAAAUUGAUGUGUUUUCAGUUGAUUUGAACCUACUGAAGGUGCAGUUUUGUUCAUUUAAUACUGCGGGGCAGGGAAUCAGUGUUGGAAGCAGUGCAGACAGAUCAAUGCAGCUCCUUUCAGAACUCAGCCAGCAUAAGACCACAGCCAAAAACAUGGCCUGGCAGAAACCAGAACGCAUCCCCACGUCUCUGCUGAGUGCCCAGAGAUGGGGGAGGUGGGAGGACGACCUCCUGCGUGCUCAGGAACAGCAGCAGCGUGGGCUUCACUUGCCUUUACAUUCACAGCUGCCUAUUUUGGGCUCGGGAAUGCCCAAAGGGUUCUUCUUGGCCAUACAGCAAUCACAGCUUCCCCUGCCUUGGGAUUAGCACUGCACACCGUAUUCCAUUUCUCACCACGGCUCCCACGUUUCCUUCACAAGCUACAUUACUGAAAUCCCAUGGCUUUGGCAAUGCUGGUAACUAUUAGCAAGUAGAGGCUGCUUGUUCCUUCUGCCUAACUGCCACUUUCCUCCCUGCAACUACUCCACCCUGGUGUGCAUGGUGAGCUUCUCUUUUGCACAACUUUGCUACCAAAGCAGCUCUGUUUCACAGCCUGUGCAAAUAAGAUACCCACAUACUGACCCCAGACUUGUAUACCUUUGUGUGUGACUGUUUACAUAUAUAUCUGUGAGUUGGGAAAUAAACAAGUUAUCAACUCUA